UCACGUUAUUCUGGAUUACUGUGUGGUCUGUAGUGCCACCCUGUGGUCAGUAUGAGAACGUGCUGGUGUUUGUGCGUAUUCCAACGUCAGUAAUUCGUCACUAACAGACCGAGGGACACCGAGAUUGAAAUGUCCCGAGUUAUACAGAGCGGAGAUUAACCUGUUUCAUAGACGGUAGUCAGCACUAGUGGACUGUGAAGCCAAGCAAAAGGACCGAGACAACGUACAAACAAACAAAACAGUGAGAUGAGAGAAGGACAUGUUCCGAAAGGCAACAGUGAUCUUUAACUUGGAAGUCAAUUGCUACAAAAAAAAUCAAUCUAAGUACGCAGAAGAAGGGCAAAAUAGAAAUUUAAUGGAAAGUUAAAUAAAUUAUACAUGUUUAAACGUGCGCGUUUCCAUCUUUCUGACAGAAAUCACUUGAGGCAAACUUCGCUCAUCCGAUGACACCCAAACUGCAGCCCACAGUCGGAUCAGCUGACUGUCGCAUAAACUCAGGCUUCACGAUGAAUUCUGAGAAAUAUCCCAGGUCUUCUAUCGAAGAUGACUUUAACUAUGGCACCAACGUCGCUACAGCAAGUGUGCAGAUCCGCAUGGACUUCCUGCGGAAAGUGUACACGCUCCUCAGCCUUCAGAUCGUCCUGACGACGGCAACAUCGGCUCUAUUCAUGUAUUCUGAAACCCUGAAGGAGUUUGUCCAUUCAAGUCCUGCCAUGGUUCUGGUUCCUGCUCUCGGCUCUCUUGUUCUACUGGUGGCUUUGGCCGUUUACAGACACCAGCACCCAGUCAACCUGUAUCUGCUUCUUGUGUUUACACUUAUGGAGGCAGUUUCUGUAGCCACAGCUGUGACAUUUUAUGACUAUGCAACCGUGCUGCAGUCCUUGUUCCUUACCUGUGCUGUGUUUGCUGGCCUGACAGCAUACACCUUCCAGUCUAAGAGGGAUUUCAGUAGAAUGGGAGCUGGACUCUUCUCCUGCUUAUGGAUCCUUAUCAUUGUUGGCUUCAUGAGGAUCUUCUUUAACAAUGACAGCUUGGAGCUGGUGAUCGCAGGGUUCGGAGCGUUUGUCUUCUGCGGCUUCAUCAUCUACGACACCCACCUGUUGAUGAAGCAGCUGUCCCCCGAGGAGCACAUCCUGGCCUCCAUUAAUCUGUACCUGGACAUUGUCAACCUCUUUCUGCACAUCCUUCGAGUGCUGGACUCCAUGAAGAAGCACUGAGAAAUUGCACUAAAUGUAAACGGCUCUGUUAAUCAUUCCAGAUGUGGCAUGGGCUUCUGCAGCUUCAUACUUUGGGUCAUGUCGUUCAUUUUUCUGGGAUAUAUGUUGCUAAAUGCUUGGCCUUUUGAGAACACUAAAACACAAAAUCUGAACAUGAUUUGAAUGUUUUAAUAUGCUUUUUUGGGAUAACCUGCUGUAAAUCAUUCAAGAUAUUCACAUUUUAUGUUGAUUCAGUUAUGUGGUGGAUUUUGUGUGACGCAUUCUUGCUCCUAUUGGUGAGUGUGUAGAGGUGUAUCAUAUUGUCAAGUGGACUACGGCGUCCAAUGUAGACUCAGAAGUCAGUCUUUUAUGCUGCGUGUUUUCCCUCCUGUAGCAUAUUUUUAUGUUUAUAAAGAGUGGUUGGGGUAAGGACAUGCGGGGUGAUGAUCAUGAACUGUAACAUGUAACCCUACAUGUGACCUGAGUCAAGUUCAUGAUCUCAUGAGGUACGUAUAGAAGUGAUAUAUAGGAUCCCAAAAAGUGCCACCUAUGGCGUAACCCUCACGGAACCCAUUUUAUGUGUUGGACUGCCUGAUGACACACUGCCUUUAACACCAGGUCAUGCAGUGGUAGACAAAACUUGACAGAGUCCAUUAUAACUACAACAUGCCACAUGGAGGCUGACUUCUGUGUCCCAAAAGUCUGGGACGCAAAAGUCCAUUCGAUGAUCGUCGAUAUAUGAAGCCUUAGGGGUAACAUUGUGUUGUUUUGUGAUACCUUUAACCAAUUUCAUAUAUUUGUGUAAGGGUUAUCCAAGAAGUUUGACUAUGCUUCAACCUUGCCACUUUCAUUUUCAUAUUUCUUCUAGAAUUGUAAUUUACUUAUUUUGAUGUAGCUGUUGUAUGGUGUGAUGAUGUGAAGUUCAAGCAAUGAAGGAAUAAAUUCUUUGAUGAUUUGAA